UGCACACACACGCACAGACACACACACACGCACACACUGUCACUCUCUUGUCUGUCUGUCUCUGGUGUACACACACACACACACACACACAUGUACAGUAUUACAGUGGAAUCCGCUGUGCCGUGCUCUGCUACUGGAAACAGGAAAAAUAGGAAACACAGUAAGGAGCAAACGGAGACUCCACAUCCGUUUGGAUGCUCCAAAUGAGUGUACCUGCAGCGACAGCACAGAAAUCAGACGGCAACAACAACAACAGUGAGAUGCAAUCAGCUGCAGUGGCUCCCUCCUUCAUCCCCAGCCAGGCGGGGAAGAUACCGGGCAGGAAGAGAGGGAGACCCCCACUCCGCAAUGUCGCCAAGAUGGAUUUUCCAAACCGCUACCCUGAGUCGCUCCCUCCGCUUAAAGUGCCAAAAAAGAGGGGGAGAAAGCCAGGCUUCAAGCUCAAACCCAGAAUGGUGAUGACGCCGUUGGCUAUCUCUCCGCCCAGCAGCACCCCUGAGCCCGACAUGAGCUCCAUUCCUCAGGAUGCAGCCACCAUCCCCCACUCUGCCACGCCCCAGGUGCUCACAGUCUGUAUCUACAUAAACAAGCAGGCCAACACAGGCCCCAAUCUGGACAGAAAGAAGAUCCAGCAGCUUCCCGAUCACUUCGGACCUGAUCGGCCAUCUGUAGUUCUCCAGCAGGCCGUCCAAGGCUGCAUCGACAGCGCCUUCCAGCAGAAAACAGUCUUCACCCUCCUCACGCAAGGCUACGGGGGAGAAAAAAUAUCAGCCACAUUUGAUGGGAAGCAGCACCUUCUCAGCCUCCCCGUGGUGAACAGCAUCGACUAUGUGCUUCGUUUUCUGAAGAAGCUCUGCCGCAGCUUGCACUGUGAAAACCUCUUCAGUGAUCAGCCCAUUACCCAGCACAGCGGUGGCUCCUACCAGUCAGAUGCUGAAACAGAGGACUACCAAUUGGAUCAGUCUGAUGGAAAGCGGUACUCUGUGGAUCCGGGUGAUUCUGCUUUCAGUACCAUCGGCUCGUCGUACUCGCCAAAGUCCUACGGGUUUCGGUCACAGCAGCAGUUCUCAAACGGAUCGGCCUCCAUGAGCAUGUGCCGGCAGUCAUCCAACAGUCCAAACACAUUUCCAGAGAGCAACAGGACAGGAGGUUAUACAGCAUCUUCAGAGUCCCAGGAGUCCAAAGCUCCACCCAACAAAGACCCGUCCACCUGGUCUGUGGAAGAUGUUGUCUGGUUUAUCAGGGAUGCUGACCCACAUGCUCUCGGCCCUCAUGCAGACAUCUUUAGGAAACACGAGAUCGAUGGAAACGCCUUGUUACUUCUAAAAAGUGACAUGAUCAUGAAGUAUCUGGGACUGAAGCUCGGGCCGGCAUUGAAGCUUUGCUACCACAUCGACAAACUAAAGCAGACUAAGUUCUAAAAAUUGACACAAUAUUUUUUUCCUCCUUGAUUUAACGGUACUUUUGAGAAGGGUCACAUAUUGGACUCCAUGUCUGUGAGCCAAAGCAAAGGGAGAUGAGUAGGCAGUUUUUCAUUGGGUGCAUUUCUGUCUUAAGGGUGCUAAGUAGCAAGAUGUGACACUUUCUUUGAGCUGCAAAAGUGCUAUAGAAAAUACCUGCAGUUAUUUGAACGCAUUGAUUUUCAGAGUGAGAAGAUAACAGUUUUGUUACUUUCAUGUAAAAGAUAUGCUCGAAGUGAAAUAUUUCACAAACAUGGUAAAAUAUUAGACUGAUGCUAACUGUAUGGGGUUAGCAUACUGUAAAUGUUAGCUUCUACAAUAGGCUAAAGUCUCUGAGUUAUUUCCGUCCAGGUUUGAAUUUUUACAUUUCUUCCACCAAAAACACACAGUUAUAAAGCUUGCUAGUUUUAUAUAUGCCAAAAAACUUUGUGUUAAAUGCCAUUACCCCUCUUCUGGGAAGCACAACACAUCAUCCUUUGAAGUUGAAAUAGCUAGCUUGUUUGCUAGGGUAGCUUAUUCUUUUUUAUUAACACACUCAUUAGUUAACAAGGAACAUCAUCAUACAUUUGGAGUCAUGUAUGUUUCCUACUGAUGAAUGUAACUUUGAUACUUUCCCUCUUUGAGCUCUGUUUUUGGUCUCAACCAGCUGCCGAGGGAAAUAUCUGAUUUUUUAGGGGUUAACUGAUCUUAUAUUUUCACCAGCUAGCUUCUUAGUGUUUCUGUUUCUCUCUAGAUUUUUGUUUUUACUGAGAGCAGCUGUGGCUUUGAACAUUUUUGGAUGGUGGAUGUGUAUCAAAAGAGCAAAGUUGAUUAUGUGCGGAAACCAAAUGACAACCUCCCUUGAUGAAAAAUUAAGCCAAUGUUGAAGUGAUUAAGUGCUGCCGUUCCUCAAGGGUUCACUUGAGGCUAGCUCCGAAAGCCCAGAAGACCUCAUUAACACCCAUGUUAAAAUGCCCAUUUUUACAGCAGAAAUAAACAUGUUUACAGCCUGGUACAAAAAAAAACAAAAAAAACAUUUCUGGUCUGAACAGCUCAUUCUCUACUCAUACACACUAAAGAGGGAGUGAUAUUUUUUAUGACUUGUUCGUUUUGAAGAUAUGAAAGCGACACAUUUUGCAUAAUUAGGGGCGUGGCAUGCUUUACUGACUGUUGGGCACAUUGUAGCUAUUAGCCGCCUCUUCGCCCUCCCUAAGUCGACUGAAAGUUAGGUCAGUCUAUGGCCGAAACUUGCUUUAAAGCUCUGGGAGCUGCAGAGUUGUGUGGUAAUUAUAUGUAAGGCAAUCAAAGAUAUAUCAUAGCCACUUCAAAAUUUGAGCACAGAAACUCUGAAUGUCCAAAUCUGAUUAAAUCAAGGGCUGUAAUAAAGGCAGUAAAUGUGAGGAGGCUCAUGCACGGACUCUUUACUCUCUUCCUAUUGGCUCACAGACCUGGGGUCGCUCGUUUAACUCUCUUUGUAGAUUUUUUUUAAGAUUUCCAUGAUGUCAUGUAGUGAUAAAACUAAUUCAUCCCUCUCUUUCUCUCCUCUCUUACUUGAUCACUCUACUUUUGGCACAGAUUUUUAAGCUAAAAGCCAUCAGAUUGUAGAAAGCAUCCUUCACUCACAUGUUAACUUCAUGUAAAAAGUAAAGGCUGGUGUAGAGGGAAAGUUUUGUCUCACAAACUUUUGUGAGCAGCACAUUUUUCUGCUGCAUGCAGAUUUCAUUAUAUAUACAAUAUAUUCAUCAUCUGACAAGAAAUGUAUAACAGAAAACACUUUAUACCUUAAGAAAUUCUCACUUUGUCAAAACUAACCAUAAAAUCUUGUUUACGCGUGUUACCAAGCUGAAAACAUAUCUAUACCUGUACUGAAAUAUGGUGCAUUAACUACAGCAUUGCUUUUUAAUUGAGAGAUUUAGGAAAAAUCAUUUUGAUACUAUUUUUUCACAUUACUGUGUGACAAAAAAGUAAUGUUCUCAUUGGAUUUUUCAUUCUUUUUUGUUCAAAUUUUCUUAUUAAAAAAACAAUAUAACCUUAACAAAACAUAGCCUACAUAGACAGAAGGUAGCUCUCUUCUUACUAUAUAUGAAGAAAAUGAGAGGAUUGUGAACGUAAACAAUAUAUUUAUGUUUAGAUAUGCAAGAUUGUUACAUGCCAAUUAUCUCCAGAGGCUCUUCAUGUAAACGCAUACAAACAUUUUUUUAAUUCAUAUGUUUUUAUCAGUAUUGAUCAGGAGGGUGUCAAAACACUGCAAUGUUACACAAGGAAAACCUUAAUGGCGAUGUAAAUGGGUAUAUAAUAUAAUAUUGCUUUUGUAUACCACUUUAGGUGUACAGUAUGCAUCCUUUUUUAAUCAAUUAACCUUUGUAAGUGAAUGCUGCUGUAAAGAUGUGACAUGUAAGCCAUGCCUAGUGAGAUCAAGCUAAGGUGUUUAAAUUGGAAAAUCACUAUGAAUAAGAGUUUUAGAGAAAGCUGAGCGAGUCCGUGCUCGAUGCUGGUGCUAAAGUUAAUUAUGUAUUUAACUGUUUGCCUUUGUGUUUGUGAGAUGUAAAGGAUAUGUGUAUACUGUACUGUAUGUGAGCAUUAAAUUAAGAAAUCAAGUAAUAAGAG